UCUCGGGAGUCAGAGCUGGGAUCUGAGCCCUGGGGCGUGAUUUUUUUGGCCCAUGCUCUUAAUUACCACACUCACUGUGCUCCCCUGGGUCUGGUGCUGUUGAGAGAGUGAUGGAGAUCCCAGCAGGAUCUUUUGGCUUACAGGGAAGGUGCCCAGAGUAUGAGUUUUGAGUGGAAGAAGCCGGGCAGGCUGAUGGAGGAAUUGGUGGUGGGGCUGCUGGUGUGGGCCCUGAUCGCUGACACCCCAUACCAUCUGUACCCGGCCUACGGCUGGGUGAUGUUCGUCGCUGUCUUCCUCUGGCUGGUGACAAUCGUCUUCUUCAUCCUCUACCUGUUUCAGCUGCACAUGAAGCUGUACAUGGUGCCUUGGCCACUGGUGUCUGACCCGGAAAACUCCUGCAGCUGGGGCCUGAGGCUUUCAGCCGGCAGAGAGGCGAGAGAGGCACAUGACUGUAAGACAAGCAAGCCUGGGACUAGGCGGCAUUGUUUGGGAUUCAAAGACUUUUUUAAGCCGAGGAAAAGCCGAGGAAACCUGAUGAUAUUCAACGUGAGCGCCACGGUCUUCUACAUCACGGCCUUCAUCGCCUGCGCUGCUGUGGUUGAGCUGACAUCCCUGAAGGGCUCCCGGCCAUAUAACCAGCGUGCAGCCGCCUCUUUCUUCUCCUGCUUGGUGAUGAUCGCCUACGGGCUGAGCGCUUUCUUCAGCUUCCAGGCGUGGCGAGGCGUGGGCAGCAACGCGGCCACCAGUCAGAUGGCCGGGGGCUACGCCUAAGCCGGCUGGCCACCUCGCUGCAGGGAGCCCGGAGCCAGGCCGGGGCCAGGCGUGGGGUCUGUGCAGAAGGGGCCACACCGGCUCCUCUCUGGCUCGUCGGACUCCAGCUCAUCCAACACUCCCAAGGACACAGGAUCCUUCCGGGGUCUGGCCCGGUCCCCCAGGCCUGUGGGCCAGAGCAAGGCCAGGGGCCAGGACUCUACCCUCUCCCCCUUAUUCAGCAGAAGGUGACGGGGGAUGCGGGGAUCUCACUGUCUCUGCUUUGCCUGAGGGCCUCUGUGCCCGGACUGGGGCCCAGCCCUCUCACCAGCACUAAAUGCACUAACAAGGACUCCAGACCACAGCCCUAGAGUAACCUAACCAGCAUCGUGUAUUUAUCUCAGUCUGUCCGGGAAACACCCAGCUGGCUCCUUCCCCGCCUCCCCCAAGCCAACUGUGGCAGCCUGUAGGGGACACCUGUCAGAAGAGGGUCACGGUUCUUGACAGCCGGUUCCUUUCCUGCACCCCAAGGCAUCGGCUGUUUAGAGCCAACUGGUUUUAAGCGACUUGGGCCCCGGGUUCCUCGUUCUUUCUGAAGCAGUUUGUAACCCUUUGGGCAAGGCUAACACGGCUGAUCAGGCUGGGGGGGAUGAGGGAGGGAGGGAGGGAGUCAGACCUUGCCAGGUGUUACCACACGUGUGGUGAUUUGUUUUUUUUACAAAAAUAAAGAUGGAAAAUCUUACUUGAAAACAGUGUUGGUGAUUCAAGGUCGGAGAUGUUUAGAAGCGCCUGGAGGCUGCGGGAACCGGCAGAGGUUCCUAACUGCGCCCCAGGCAGUGCCCGUCCCCAGGCUUUCAGCACCGCUGGCCACCCGAGGCAGGCUGGCCGCUCCCUGCGGCUCCGUCCGGGAGAGUCCUGUCCUGUGCCGUCUGGCCUCCCUAAAUUUAACAGCACCCCUUUUAUUCUCACAAGGACCCCACUUUAAUAUAAUGUUACUUAAAUCUUAGCUUUAGGCAAGUUAGGUGGUCUUGCUGAACCGAAAAUGCCUUUACUGUCAGCUACCUCAAAGGUUCGUGACGCUCAGAGGUCAUGGAAGGCAGGUGUCCAGUAGGCAGACGAGGCUACGGGCAGCGGCCGACUCCUCUUGAGCUUGUUUUUCUACCACAGAGCAGCGUGACAAAGGCAUUUCUAGGUAGCUCUUGGUGUUCUUUUUUUUUAAAAAUUUACUUCUGUGUAGAACUGGGGUGCAGGCAGGCAGAUGG